AUGUUGAAAGAGUUUCCAUUUAUGGAACCACAGCAAUCUAAAAUUGGCCCGUGCACCGACGCGAAAAUCCGCGUCUUCCCCAAUUCUUCAAUGAAAGAGCAUAACUGCCUCCCACCUUGGCAGCUGCCUGGCGUUGCCCCAGACUCUGCGUGUAUUCUUUCUUUGAUCUACUGUAUACUUUUCAUAGCUGAUGUUUCGUUAUCUGCACUCCGCUCGUUGAUAACCCCCGUCCUCUUCUCCUACGCGACCUCCAUCGAGUGGCGUCACGCGUAUCCGGUGUCACUUUUUUUCUGCUUGCAGUGGCUAUGA